AUGAACAUAUGCGCCUUAUUUCAGAAUGCCAUAAAUAAUUUGCUAGUUAAUAAGAGGCUUGUGAUUUCGAAGACAUCUGGUGGUGCUUUGAAAUUGAAAGUAAACACGAACACGCAGUUAACAGGGGCUACUGACGAGGAGCAAGCGAUUUAUACUCUGAUAGAAGACUCAAAACGCAAAGGUAUAUGGAUCCGAGAAUUGCGUGAUGGAUCAGGCUUGUCCCAGAUUCAACUUCGUAAAGUGCUUAAGUCGUUGGAGCAAAAGAAACUCAUCAAAAAUGUAAAGGCGGUAGGCACUACGAAAAAAUGUUACAUGCUCUAUGGCUUGGAACCAGACACAUCAUUAACGGGAGGAACCUUUUACUCGGAUCAACAACUGGACUCAGAACUUAUCCACACCUUGGUAAACGUCUGCAUAGGAUAUGUCCAGAAAGAGCUCAGUGCUGUACGUCCGCAAGAGGUAUUUCUCUACUGGGUCGAGCUGCAGCGUCUCACUGUAAUUUUGCAGAUAGCAGAUUUUGUCCUGGAAAAGCGAGUGCUAAACGUUACCGUCACUCUCGAAGAUAUUGAGCGGAUUUUAGAUGUUGCUGUUUUAGAUGGUGCAAUUGAGCGACGGCCUGACGGAAAGGUGCGCUCUGCUUGGUCAACAUCUCGUCCAUCUCCUCUGGUUACGGUACCCUGUUCGACCUGCCCAGUGGUAGAUGAUUGUACAUCGGGCCAUGUGAUCAGUCCACAGAAUUGUAGGUAUAUGUCCGAAUGGCUUUUUGGCAGUUAACG